UGCCUUUGUCUCCCAGUUCCUGUCUGUCUGUCUGUCGUAGCUGGGACACUGGGGGGCUGGGGGGUGUUGGUAUCACUAACAGCCAUCUUCCCUGGCUGACCCAGGUGGCGUCGCUCACCCUCUGUGAGCCUGUAUUCCUGCACUGGUUCUAGGGAAGUCGGCCUCACAUGACCCAGGGGAGGGCCCUGGGCCCCGAGCUUGUCCUUGGAGAAACUGCAUCACCCUUCCGGAGGACCCACCUCCGCCCCCGGGAAUAAAGGCCCCGAGCUGCCCGUCCAGCCCCGGAGUCCACCCGCCUCCCGAGGCCCAGCUCAGCAGCUCCAGCUCGCCAAGAUGUCUGCGUGGACGGUGCUGCUGGCCCUGCAGGCCGCACUGCUGCUCCGCCUGGCCGACUGUGCGGCCCCCACGGCCACCCUGCGCUUCGUGGCCCUAGGGGACUGGGGCGGGGUCCCCAACGCCCCCUUCCACACGGCCCGGGAAAUGGCCAACUCCAAGGAGAUCGCCAAAGCAGUGCAGAUGAUGGGGGCCGACUUCAUCUUGUCCCUGGGGGACAAUUUCUACUACAACGGGGUCCAAGAUGUCAACGACAAGAGGUUCCAGGAGACCUUCGAGGACGUGUUCUCGGACCGCUCCCUGCGCAACGUGCCCUGGUACGUGCUGGCCGGGAACCAUGACCACCACGGGAAUGUGUCGGCUCAGAUCGCCUACUCCAAGGUCUCCAAGCGGUGGAACUUCCCCAGCUCUUUCUACCGCCUGCACUUCAAGAUCCCCCGGAGCAACGUGACCGUGGCCAUCUUCAUGCUGGACACGGUGACCCUGUGUGGCAACUCGGACGACUUCCAGAGCCAGCAGCCCGAGAGGCCCCGGGACCUGGCAGUGGCCCGGACUCAGCUGUCCUGGCUCAAGAAGCAGCUGGCGGCGGCCAAGGAGGACUUCGUGCUGGUGGCCGGUCACUACCCCGUGUGGUCCAUCGCCGAGCACGGGCCCACCCGCUGUUUGGUCAAGAACCUGCGGCCCCUGCUGGCCACCUACGGAGUCACCGCCUACCUGUGUGGCCAUGACCACAACCUGCAGUACCUUCAAGACGAGAACGGCGUCGGCUACGUGCUGAGCGGGGCCGGGAACUUCAUGGACCCCUCCGUGCGGCACCAGCGCAAGGUCCCCAGCGGCUACCUGCGGUUCCACUACGGCUCCGAGGACUCACUGGGCGGCUUCGCCUACGUGGAGAUCAGCGCCAAGGAAAUGACGGUCACCUACAUGGAAGCCUCGGGCAAGUCCCUCUUCAAGACCAGCCUGCCUCGGCGGCGGACCAGGCCCUGAAGUCCCAGGCUCCCGCUGUGCCCGCCGGCCGGCCGAGGCAGGGGACUCACCUGCAGGGGGACACAGGGACCAAGGCUCCGGGGCAGCAAGGACUCGGGUCCCAGCCUGCGCAUCACAGGCCUCACCCAGGCCGGGCCCUGGGGGUGCAUGGUGGGGCGGGGCGGGGGCGGGCACAGCACCCUCUGUCACUGCCAUUCAAUAAAGGAACAGUUGUCAAGGC